AUGGCUUCCCAACUCUUCCUUGUUGCCCUCCUGGGCAUCGCCCUGGUCAGCGCUACACCAGUCCCCCAGCAGGCUGCCAGUGCUAAGUUCAGCUCGGCCAUGACCCAGUACAUACAGGCCUUCAAGAGUAUCAUGCCAUGCGGCUACGCCCCCGACAUUCCCGUGCUUGCUCCCAUUGUCAAUCCCUUCUACGCCUUCGACUGCUCCAGCGACGACUACAAUCUGAAGGGCAAUGUGAGCAACAUCCGGAUCGAGGGCCUCAACAACUUCCAGAUCCUGAGCGCCAGCGAUUAUGGCACCACCGGCGAGGCAGCUUACGACGUUAUCUUCCCCAAGAUCCAGAUUCUGGGCUCUUCCGAGAUCGAGGGUUUCGUCAACAUUGCCGGAGUCCCUCUGCCCAUCCGUCAGCGCGAUCUGAUCAAUGAGGCCUUUGUGGAUCUGCGCUUUGUGGGAAGCUACUCUUUUGCCAACAGCCUGACCAAUUCCUCGGGUCUGCGCAUCGUCGACUUCAAACUGGCCAUCUACUUGGCCGACAUUCAGCUGGACAACUGGAACACGCUGUGGAACAUCUCCACCAACAACUUCUGGAACCGCUGGAGCAAGACUCUCAUUUCUCUUGGUCUACAGGAGAUCCAGCCAAAGAUCACCGACUCCUUGUACCAGAACCUGCUCGUCCCGAAAAUCAAUGAGAUGCUCGCCAACGUCAGUAUGGAGGAAUUGGUCAACUACUUCCAGUCGCAAGCACAGCUCUGGGAGAAUGCCCACUGCCAGGCCUAG